UGCUCAAAAAUAUCGAUAGUACAACGUAUUUCAGAUAUCGAUGGGCACAGCACGAGCUAGUUCAAUUGCAUACGGCCUAACACAAUCGGAAUCAGUUCUGUACUGAAUUCCAGUUUCACGUGUUGCGGUUGCUUACAGGUUUUGUUGUUAUUAUUGCAAUAAGUAAAUGAAUUACUUGUAAAAAUGUUGCGAAAAUCAAAAAAGCAACCACAGACUGUGGCCGAGAAGGUCAGCAAACUGCUCGCCCAUCCCAACGACAGUGAAAGUGAUGAAGAAUCCGAUAUUGAUGUGGCCACAAAAGCGCGCGUUGUAGAUUUCGAGGAUGAAUACGAUUUGCCCGAUUCACGUAGCACAGAUUUUCGUAAACGCAAUGUGAAAUUAUUGUCUGAGCAGAGCGAACGAUACAAGGGUAAAAUAAGCAGUCGCAAAGAACUUGAGCAGGAAGACGAUGACGAGGAGGAGAGUGACGAUGAGGAUGAGGAGGAGCUACCAUAUGAAGAAAGUGACACAGACGAGGAAGAAGCAAAGAACUUGAAGGCUUUCAACAAGUUAAGAGCUUCGAAAAUUGUUGCGAAUGGAUCGCAGGGUGAAGAAGAUGAUGAUAGCAGCAUGGAUUAUGAGAACGGCGGACAUCAAAUAGAUGGUGAUGAUGAUAGCGACGAGGAGGAGGAUGACAGUGAUGUUGGUGAUGAUAAUGAUAACGACGAUGAUGAAGAUGAUGAUGAUGGUGAUAAUGAUGAUGAUGAUGAUGAUGAUGAUGAUGACGAUGACGACGAGAAUAAUUCAGAAGAUGAUGCAAUCAAUGUGAACAAAAUCAUGUCCAAGACAAAUCAGCAAGCCGAAGUACAAAAAGGACUCUGCGUGCAAAAUCAACUGCAGAUUUGGGAGCGACUCUUGGAGCUGCGCAUCAACACGCAAAAAUUCACGAGCAAGGCGAAUCAAUUGCCGCCGCCAGAGACGCUGCGAACGCUCAGCGAUAAUAACGAGGAACUGAAAACGGUGUUAAAAGAAGCCGAAGAACGAAGUACCAAACUAUUGCAUCAACUGCUCGCACUGCAGUCGGCGCUCACACAGCAGCACAGUGAGCUGCGACAGGCCGUAAAACGCAAACAACCAGCAGAGUCGAGAUCCGAGUCGGAACCAGCCAGCAAAUGCUUUGCGAGUGCGCUGCAAAGUAAUUUUGAGAAUAUGCACAGCUAUCGCAAUGAGGUUCUGCUCAAGUGGGAUGAUCGAACCAAGUUGUUAACACCUGGAGCGGGUGCUAAGAGAAAAUCCAUGCAGGAAGACUACGAUGUCAUCAAGAAGAUUGACAGUGCGCUGGCCAAUCGUGGCGCACUCAUAGAGAAAUCCCAAACACUCAAGAGCAGUCAGCCGCAGCAGAAGGCGCAGCACGCAGACGAAGAUUCCGAGCUAACCAACAAUAGUCAAAGGCAACCGCACAUUUACGAUGAUAGCGAUUUCUAUCAUCAGCAGCUGCGGGAACUGAUUGAAUACAAGGCCAGCACCACAUCCAACAUGGGCGAUAUAACCAAGCAGUUUGUGGAGCUGCAGAAACUGCGCCAGAAAAUGAAAAAGAAAGUGGACACCAGAGCCAGCAAAGGCAGAAAGUUGCGCUAUGUGGUGCAUAAUAAGUUGAUCAAUUUCAUGGCUCCUAAUGAGGCAAGCGACUGGACGGAUGACUCCAAGGCGGAACUGUUUAGAUCGUUAUUUGUUUAAAUCACAAAUCCGUAAAAUAUUACAAUUAAAUAUUGUAGAUUAUGUUAUACGUUAUUUCACGUAAAAGAAUUCUUUAGCGAAACAUAAUUUUAA